GCCGGCCAAAUUGGGAUGAUAAUAGAAAACAAGCUUGUUUGUUGACCGCGAUGGGUGUAGUAAAAGUAGUUUUCGUGUUAAUUGUGUGUCUAGUGGGUAUCCUGGCCCACAAUCAUCAGUCCAAAGAGCAGGAUGCCAAGUACAAUUGGUGGCAGAACGAGGUCUUCUACCAGAUCUACCCGAGAUCCUUUCAGGACAGUAACAGCGAUGGAAUCGGCGAUCUUCGGGGCAUAACUUCUAGGUUGCAGUACUUCAAGGACACUGGUAUCACCUCAGUUUGGCUGAGUCCCAUCUACGAGUCACCCAUGAUGGACUUUGGCUACGACAUAUCAAACUAUACGAACAUUCAGCCGGAAUAUGGAACCCUGGAGGACUUUGACGAGUUGAUAGCCAGGGCUAAUGAGGUGGGCGUUAAGGUCAUCCUGGACUUUGUGCCCAAUCACAGCUCGAACAAGCAUCCCUGGUUCAUCAAGUCAGUGGCUCGAGAGCCGGGCUACGAGGAUUUCUAUGUGUGGGAGGAUGGAGUACUCUUGGAGAACGGCACUCGAGUGCCGCCCAACAAUUGGCUGUCGGUCUUUUCCGGAUCCGCCUGGAUGUGGAACGAGGAGCGGCAGCAGUUCUACCUGAGACAGUUCACCUACGGACAGCCCGACCUGAACUACCGAAAUCCGGCCGUAAUCCAGGCCAUGGACGAUGUAAUGCUGUUCUGGCUAAACAAGGGAAUUGCCGGCUUCCGCAUCGAUGCCAUCAUCUAUAUCUACGAGGAUGCUCAGUUGAGGGAUGAGCCGCCAAGUGGCACCACCGAUGAUGCCAACUCUGAGAGCUACUUGGAGCACAUCUAUACCAGAAACCAACCGGAGGACUACGGUCUUCUUCAGCACUGGCGGGAACUGCUGGACAACUACACGGCCAGCCACGAGGGACCCGUGAGAAUAAUGAUGAGCGAGGGUUACGCCUCCGUGUCCCAGCUAAUGGAGUACUACGAAGACGCGAAUGGAGUUCAGGGACCAGAGUUUCCCUUCAACUUUGACUUUAUCACCGAGCUGAAUGCCAACUCGACAGCUGCGGACUUUGUGUUCUACAUCUCCAGGUGGCUCAUCUAUAUGCCGCAUGGUCAUGUGGCCAACUGGGUGAUGGGGAACCACGACAAUCCUCGAGUGGCAUCGCGAUUCGGUGAGAAGACAGUGGACGCCAUGAAUAUGCUGCUGAUGACACUGCCCGGAAUUGCCAUUACCUACAAUGGCGAAGAGUUGGGUAUGACGGAUUACAGGGACAUUAGCUGGAGCGAUACCGUGGACCAGCCUGCCUGCGAAUCUGGCAUCGAUAACUACAAGUGGGUCUCUCGAGAUCCGGAACGCACACCCAUGCAAUGGAGCAGUGAUCCCAACGCUGGAUUCUCCACUGCCGAUCGCACUUGGCUGCCUGUCAAUCCCAACUACAAGGAUCUGAAUCUUCGCAACCAGCAGCAGGCGAGGCAAAGUCACUACAAGAUCUAUCAAUCCCUUCUGAAGCUAAGACAGCUGCCGGUUCUCAAGAAUGGCACCUUUGUUCCAGAAGUAGUGAAUCGCAGGGUAUUCGUUUUCAAACGUGAGCUGAAGGGCGAGUACACUCUGCUGACCAUCGUAAACGUGAAGAACCGCACUGAAGUGGUCAAUAUCAGCCACUAUAUCGAUCAGCCUAAUCGGCUGAACGUCCUUGUUGUGGGCGUGGAUUCGCAGCACAGGGUGGGGGAUCGGCUCAAGGCCGAGGCCAUCGAACUGGCACCCUACGAGGGCCUGGUCAUUCAGCUGAACAAGCGAAAGUAAUCCACACACUACUUGGUAUUCAACAUUAAAGUACUAGAAAAAAAAACUUUCCAAUUGUCACAGCGGAGCUUUUCUAUUUUCGCAUUUGCAUGUACAUCGAGUUUUCAUUUCGUUUAACAACAAAACACAUUUCCACUUACAUUAGUGCUUCGCAUACAUUUUAAUUGAAUUGAGAGCACUUGGUGUCUGCCCUUUCUCGAAUUGAAAGUCGUAUUUCAUAAUUGUCGUCGGGAAUUUUUGUUGACCCUUUUGGGGUUAAGGGCAGCUUAUAAAUGGUGGCACAUUUAAUUAAAUUUCCCUAAGAGAGAUGACAUAAAUAAAUUCGGUUGCUGAUGGACCCUACUUUGUUUUGUCAAUUAUUUUUUAUAUAAAUUGCUGUUCAAAUCAGCUGUUAUGAACCAGAUGAGCAAGGUGAUUAGUAAGUGAUUUUAAAGCAAAAAGUGUUAUUUUCUGGCGUUAUCUCAUUUAGUAAUUAGUUCUUUUUUGCGCUGAUUU